UCCGGAUUCACCGCGGCACGAAAGGGGGGCUGCCCGUUGCCUGCUGGGGACGGGUAUUAUCUGAUUUUUGUCACCAAGCGCCGCCAAAUUGGUUGCAUUUGUGGGCAUCCUAUUUACUGUAUAGAUGAGAGCCAGAUGAUAACCAUUCCACACUCAUCUGUGCAGACAGAUGUUGCAACCUCUAAGAAUGAGCUAAGGUACAAGAAACUUCUGGCUAGUGUUGAUCUCACCAAGGAUUUCUUCUAUAGCUACACAUACCCCAUUAUGCAGAGCCUGCAGCAGAAUGUUACUUCUGCAGGGAUGAAGGAAAUGCCUUAUGAAAAUUUAUUUGUCUGGAAUACUUUCCUGACACAACCGAUUCGGUCAAGGUGCCGCAAUACUCCCUGGACAGUAGCACUGGUCCAUGGGCAUUUCAAGCAGGUCAAGCUGUCAAUAUUUGGCAGGGAGCUAAAUGUUGUUCUCAUUUCUAGAAGAUCACGGCAUUUUGCAGGGACACGGUAUUUGAAAAGAGGCGUGAAUGACCAUGGAAAAGUUGCUAACGAUGUUGAAACUGAGCAAAUAGUCUUUGAGGAGGAAGCUGGUUCCUGGAAGGGAAGAAUGAGUGCAGUAGUACAGAUGCGGGGAUCGAUCCCUCUCUUUUGGUGGCAGGAGGCUGGCCGACUUAGUCCUAAGCCUGAUAUUAUUGUGCAGAGAUAUGAUCCUACAUAUGAAGCAACUAAGUUACAUUUUGAUGAUGUCGCUCAGCGCUAUGGGCAUCCUAUCAUAAUACUUAAUUUAACAAAGAUUUUUGAGAAAAGGCCCCGAGAGAUGAUGCUCAGGCGUGAAUAUUUUAACGCAGUUGGAUAUCUUAAUCAAAAUGUCCCAGAGGAGAAGAAAUUGAGAUUCAUCCACUGGGAUUUCCAUAAAUUUGCAAAAAGUAAGUCUGCAAAUGUUCUGGGUGUUUUAGGAGGAGGUGCUAGUGAAGCACUGGAUCUCACUGGAUUUUACUACAAUGGAAAGCCAAAAGUUCAAAAGAAAAGGUCAACACAGCUUAGUAGAACUACCUGUUGCGGCGGCAGACGGUUUACGGUGCCAAAUUUGGGUGUAAACACUACCACCGCAAGGGAUGGUUCCAUUGAUACAAGAGCUAGUUCUGGAGACCUUCCAAGGCUUUCGAGUAAUGCAGAUUCACUUGGUCCCACUGCUUCUCAAGAUAUAAGAAAAGAUGACAGCAAACAAGAACUUCUUGGUGAUGGUCCUUGUUAUCAAACUGGAGUUCUUCGUACGAAUUGCAUGGAUUGCCUGGAUCGUACAAACGUUGCUCAGUAUGCUUACGGCCUUGCUGCUUUGGGAAGGCAGCUUCAUGCAAUGGGAGCGACUAAUGUUUCAAAAAUCCACCCAGAUAGCAGCAUUGCUUCAGCUUUAAUGGAUUUGUACCAGAGCAUGGGUGAUGCACUUGUAGGAUCGAAUCACAAGAACUAAGCCAACCAGAGGAGG